AUGACAUUGAAAAACCCAUAUACGAUGUUUCGUCUUGUAGUAUUAGUGCAGAUACUACCAAAACUACCAGCCAAUAUGCAAUGGGGCCUCCAAAGAAAAAGAAAAAAAACACAAGUUGAUACUGCAGACGAUUGCAUAAUCAACUACAUUCAGUCAAAGUCAAAUAAACCACCAAAUGAAGAUAAUGCGAAAAAACUUUUUUUAUUAAGUCUACUUCCAGAUUUAGAAGAAAUUAGUACAGUGCAAUUCAGAGCUUUCAGACGCGAUGUAGGCAAUCUUAUUGACAGAACACUUGGACAACCACCAAUACCAUACUUGACAUCUAACAACUAUCAAACAACUUUUCAAAACAUCAUUCCGAUUCCUCAUCAUACGAUGGUCACUCUCACACAUCAGAACAGAAUUCUUCUGAGAUUGACCACCCUAACAUGCUGUACCAAGAACUUCAACCAUAUUUGCUCAGAAGACCAGAAAAUUGAAUAA